UAGCUUAGGUAUUUUUCUUCGUCCGUUCAGUAUUCUCGUCAGUCUUGUGAUUGACUGAGAGUUGACGAUGGAUUCUUUCCUUCUCUCUCAGUGAAGUGAAGUCAAGAAGCUUUGUGCAUUUGAGUUCUUGUUCUAAAUCCCAUCUCCUUCUCUCUGGAAUCUCUGGUGAUGUUGGAUCAUGCAGCAUUGCAAAUAUUUUGUGUUGUUUGGGCAGAGGGAACGCAGAUCCUCAUCAUACAGGGCAUUGAUUGACUUUUAUGUUUUAAAGUGGUAAGAGCAUAAAGUAAAUUGAUUCCAUGGGUAAGACAAUUCAAGUUUCUAGAUUCCCCUCAAAUGUGCAUGCAGAGGAAGUUAAAACAUUUUUGGAGUCGUAUACAGGCAAGGAAACUGUUUAUGCCCUAAAAAUUAGGCAGCAAAAAAACGGAGGAAGAGCAUAUGCUAUUGUGCAAUUUACCAAAAGCACAGAUGCUGAGCUGAUCAUAAGGUUGACGAAUCAAAGACUAUACUAUGGGAGUUCAUAUCUCAAGGCUCGAGAAAUGGAGAAUGAUAUUGUGCCAAAACCAAGAACCUUUUUGCAUACCAUGGAAGGUGUGACACUGCAUUUUGGUUGUCAGGUCUCAAAUGAAAAAUUUUAUGUUCUCUGGGAAGAGGUUGAUGUUACAGUGAAUUUUGGGAUGGGAAUGCGGAAAUUGCAAUUUUUACUGUCACAUCAUUGCGUAGAAUACAGGCUGGAUCUUUUCUAUGAGAACAUCUGGCAGAUUGAGCUGCAUCGUCCGCGCAAUCAAACAUCAAAGUAUCUGCUGAUUCAGUUAUUUGGCGCUCCUCGGAUAUAUGAGAAAGAUGUACGCUCUUCUGGACUUGUGUUUGAGAAUCCCUUGCUGAACUAUUUUAUGGAUGUGCCUGAUGAUCAAUGGGUAAGGACAACUGAUUUCACUCAAUCAUCCUGUAUCGGGCAGUCUUCUGUAUUGUGUUUGGAGCUUCCUUACUACCUGCAACUUCCAAAUUUCCGAGAAAACUUUGCUUACUACAAGGAAAGUGAAGGGAAAUUUGUUUUGGAAAGUGGUUCUUCUUAUUCCCGUAAUCUUAAUCUAGUCCCAAUUGUAGGCCCUUCACUGGGAAUUGACUUGCCAUAUGAAAUCUUGUUUAAGAUUAAUUUGUUGGUCCAAAAUGGGUGUAUCCCAGGACCAGCACUUGAUGCUAAUUUUUACCGAUUGGUUAAUCCAUGUAGAAUAGACAAAGUCUAUAUCGACCAUGCUCUGGAGAAACUUUAUUAUCUUAAAGAAUGCUGCUUUGAACCUUCAAAGUGGCUCCUUGAGCAGUACAAAGGUUACAUCGCAUCUAAGAAAAACCCAGGGUCACCUGUUAUAUCCUUGGAUGAUGGUUUGGUAAAUGUAAGAAGGGUUCAGAUAACACCUUCUAGGGUGUAUUUCUGUGGUCCGGAGAUUAAUGUUUCAAAUCGUGUACUACGCCAUUUUCAUGAUGACAUUGAUAACUUUCUUCGCAUCACUUUUGUUGAUGAGGAGUUGGAAAAGAUCCAUUCCACAGAUUUGUUGACGAGGAAUAGGAUAACUGAAAUUUAUGGAAGGAUUCUUUCUACUCUUAAAAAUGGCAUAGUCAUUGGUGAUAAGCAAUUUGAAUUUCUUGCCUUUUCAUCUAGUCAAUUACGGGAAAAUUCAGCAUGGAUGUUUGCUUCUAGAGAAGGGCUCACUGCAGCAGAUAUAAGGACAUGGAUGGGAGAGUUUAGUAAAAUAAGAAAUGUGGCAAAGUAUGCUGCUAGACUGGGCCAAUCUUUCAGUUCAUCAACCGAAACUCUUAGUGUUGCUAAAGAUGAAAUCGAAAUUAUUGAUGAUGUAGAAAUUAAAAGGGAUGGAAUUAAUUAUGUCUUUUCUGAUGGAAUUGGAAAAAUAUCGGCUAAAUUUGCGAAGAAGGUGGCUGCAAAAUGUCGCUUGAAUGGUCGCACCCCUUCAGCAUUUCAGAUUCGGAUCGGUGGAUUCAAAGGUGUUGUGGCUGUUGACCCCACCUCAUCAAAGAAAUUAUCCCUUAGAGGGAGCAUGUCAAAGUAUGAAUCAGAGAACACAAAACUGGAUGUCUUGGCUUGGAGUAAGUAUCAACCUUGUUUUCUGAAUCGCCAGUUGAUCACUCUCUUGUCUACUCUUGGAGUUCCAGAUCAUGCUUUUGAGGAAAAACAAAGAGAGGUUGUUGAUCAACUCAAUGCUAUCCUAACAGAUCCUUUAAAGGCACAGGAGGCUCUGGAGUUAAUGUCUCCUGGAGAGAAUACUAACAUUCUCAAGGAAAUGCUCUUGUGUGGUUAUGAACCUGAUGCUGAACCAUUCCUUUCCAUGAUGUUGCAAACAUUUCGAGCAUCAAAGUUACUGGAGUUGCGGACUAAAAGCAGGAUAUUUGUUGCAAAUGGAAGGUCUAUGAUGGGAUGUCUGGAUGAAACCAGAACAUUGGAUUAUGGCCAGGUGUUUGUGCAGGUUUCGGGCUCUAGGUCAGAGCAGCGUUUUAUUGUUCAAGGUAAGGUAGUUGUUGCCAAAAAUCCCUGCUUGCACCCAGGCGAUGUGCGUGUUUUAACGGCUGUCAACGUGCCUGAUUUGCACCAUAUGGUAGAUUGUGUUGUUUUUCCACAGAAAGGAAGCAGACCUCAUCCAAAUGAGUGUUCUGGAAGUGAUCUGGAUGGUGAUAUCUACUUUGUCUGUUGGGACCCUGAAUUGAUUCCAUCUAAACAAAUACCUCCUAUGGAUUAUUCACCAGCUCCAACUAAGCCAUUGGAGCAUGAAGUUACCAUUGAGGAAGUUGAAGAGUAUUUCACGAACUACAUAGUCAAUGACAGUUUAGGAAUCAUUGCAAAUGCUCAUACUGUUUUUGCUGAUAGAGAGCCUCGGAAAGCAAUGAGCAGCGAAUGUAAAUGGCUUGCAAAGCUGUUUUCAAUUGCAGUUGACUUCCCAAAAACUGGUGUACCAGCUGAAAUACCACAAGAACUGAGAGUUAAAGAGUAUCCAGAUUUCAUGGAGAAGCCAGACAAACCAACCUAUCAAUCAUACAAUGUUAUCGGAAAGCUUUUCCGAGAGGUGAAAGACCUUGCACCCAAUGAAUGCUUUAUCAGGUCCUUAACUCGGGAAAGAUUGGAGAGGUUUUAUGAUCCUGAUAUGGAAGUUGAUGGCUAUGAGGAUUAUGUUGAUGAUGCUUUCUAUCACAAAAGCAAUUAUGAUUACAAAUUGGGGAACUUGAUGGAAUAUUAUGGGAUCAAAACUGAGGCUGAAAUACUCAGUGGGGGUAUCAUGAAAAUGUCGAGAUCUUUCACGAAGCAAAGAGAUGCAGAAGCAAUUGGUGUGGCUGUGAGGUCCUUGAGGAAGGAAGCUAGGUCAUGGUUUAAUGAAAAGGGAAAUGGGUUAGAUUCUGAAGCAGAUGAUCUAUAUGCAAAAGCCUCUGCUUGGUACCAUGUCACGUAUCAUCCAAGUUAUUGGGGCCUGUAUAAUGAGGGAAUGAAUAGGAAUCAUUUUCUGAGCUUUCCUUGGUGUGUUUAUGACAAGCUGAUCCUCAUCAAGAAAAAGGUGACUAGUAGAAGAAAUUCGCGAUUGUCAUCUCUAGAAUCUCUGUUUGCACGUGGAUUGCGUUUGCAUUGAGUGAUUUGGUGGAUGUUCCCCUUUAGUCUGAAGCAGAUAACUAUGGAUAGCUCGUCGGUCCUAGUUAAGUGUGUGUGUAUAUUCAUACCAAAUAUUGUAUUGGUAGCUGACUGUAUGCUAUCUAAUGUAAAUACGCAGUGUUGAUGUUUGGUGUUGGUAGCGACUGAAUGCUAUCUAAUGUAAAUACCCAGCGGUGAUGUUCGAGAAAGAACACUGUACGAUAUGCUACUUAUUUAUGUUGGUUUGGUUUCUUGA